GAUGCGCUGCUUUCUGCAUCGAGUACAGCGAGGCGCGCAGAGGGUCCUCGGUCGCGCUGCCGGGUCCCCCCGCACGCCACCGCCGCGUGCGUCUUCAGACCGCUCCCACUGCCGGCCCUCCUGGCAGAAACUUCUUUUGCUGCCCGUUAAAAGCGCCCUGAGGCUGAAGGAUCGCGUUGAGAUCUGAAUAACCAGAAGCGCUUUGAGGCAACUGAAGCUCUUUUUCUUCGUUUUCCUUUGGGUCUCGUUGGCAGGAGGAUUUUGAUCCGCGCCCCCCCCCCUUUUUUUCUUUUAAUUUUUUUUUUUGCACCACAAUGGAUUAUUUCCCCGUGCUUUUCUCUCUGCUGUUUGUGGCUUUCCAAGGAGCUCCAGAAGCAGCGGUCUUGGGCGCGGAGCUCAGCACUGGCCUGGACAGCGGAGGGGAGAAGCCGGCUCCCAGUGCGCCCUGGCGGCCCCGACGGUCCAAGCGCUGUUCCUGCUCUUCCCUGUUGGAUAAGGAGUGUGUCUACUUCUGCCACCUGGACAUCAUCUGGGUCAACACUCCCGAGCACAUCGUCCCGUAUGGACUUGGAAGCCCUUCCAGGUCUAAGCGAUCCUUAAAGGACUUAUUUGCCACGAAGGCGACAGACCACAGGAACAGAUGUCAGUGUGCCAGCCAAAAAGACAAGAAGUGCUGGACUUUUUGCCAAGUGGGAAAAGAGCUCAGGGGUCAAGACAGUAUGGAGAAGGGCUGGCAUGACCAGAAGAAGGGAAAAGACUGUUCUGAGCUUGGAGAAAAGCGUACUCAUCACCAGCUGGUGGCGGGAAGAAAAAUAAGAAGGUUGGACGCCAUCAGGAACAGCAUCAAAACAGCUUUCCGUGUUGCAAAGCUGAAAGCGGAGAUGUACAGAGAGAAGAAAGUGACCCACAACCGAACGCACUGAUUGAUGGCAGGUGGCCGGGGCCUGUCACAUGCCAUCUCCUCCCCGGAGGGAACCCUGUGGCUGAUUCUGCACUCUCUCCACAUGGCUGGGAUCAGAGCAAAAGCAUCCUCCCUGCUUAGACCGUUUCUUGCUCCAGACUGGCAGCGGGCCAGUGUCCUCACUGUAAACAUUCCAGGGAAGGUUAAGGAGUCCCCCCAAUCUGUCUUCAUUUGCUUCCAUCAGUGGUGACCGCUUCCGUCUUUCCUCAUCUGGGGUGAUAGUUGGACCACGCAGAAAGCAGAGAGAUACAGUGACUUGUGGAUUAGGGUGGCAUCCUCCAGAGGGAGGACAGGAGAUUCCACACGCGGUGGAAUUUCUGAAGAGGGUCCGAAGGGAGUGUUUGUGUCUCACUCAGGCGCCUGGCACGUUUCAGGGAGAAGCUCCAAAGUCCAUGCAAAGAUUUUCUAAGGAAUGC